AACAUCCGGGACUCGGACAAGAAUGAACGCAAGUUUCCAAGAUGGCGGCGGAGGGAGGAGGGAAGGAGAUGAACGAAAUUAAAACUCAGUUCACCACUCGAGAAGGCGUCUACAAACUCCUCACUCACUCUGAAUACAGUCGCCCAAACAGGGUGCCUUUCAACUCGCAGGGCUCCAAUCCCGUCAAGGUCUCCUUCGUCAAUGUAAACGAUCAGUCCGGCAACGGCGACAGGAUCUGUUUCAAUGUGGGCCGGGAACUCUACUUUUAUAUCUACAAAGGCGUGAGAAAGGCUGCUGAUCUCAGUAAACCCAUAGACAAGAGGAUAUAUAAAGGAACGCAGCCUACAUGUCAUGAUUUCAACCCACUCACAGCUACAGCAGAGAGCGUCUCCCUCCUGGUGGGCUUUUCAGCAGGCCAGGUUCAGCUCAUAGACCCAAUAAAGAAGGAAACCAGCAAACUCUUCAAUGAAGAGAGACUAAUAGACAAGUCCAGAGUCACGUGUGUAAGAUGGGUUCCUGGAUCAGAGAGCCUGUUCCUGGUGGCUCACUCCAGUGGAAGCAUGUAUUUGUACAACGUGGAAAACACCUGUGGGACCACUGCACCUCACUACCAGCUCCUUAAGCAGGGUGAAAACUAUGCUGUGCAUACCUGCAAGAGCAAGUCAGCUCGUAACCCGUCGCUCCGAUGGACAGUGGGUGAGGGGGCACUCAACGAGUUUGCCUUCUCUCCAGAUGGCAAGUUUCUCGCCUGCGCGAGCCAGGAUGGCUUCCUGCGUGUUUUUGGCUUUGACGCUGUCGAGCUCCACGGAACAAUGAAAAGCUACUUUGGUGGCUUACUCUGUGUGUGCUGGAGCCCGGAUGGACGGUAUAUUGUGGCGGGAGGGGAGGACGACCUGGUGACGGUGUGGUCAUUUUCAGACUGCAGAGUGAUCGCACGGGGGCAUGGUCACAAGUCGUGGGUGAGUGUGGUGGCAUUUGACCACUGCACCACAAGUGUGGAAGAUGGUGAUCUCCCCGCUGAGUUCAGUGGGAGUGAUGAGGACUUCCAUGAGCAGAUUCACUUUGGAACAGGCAGAGACAGAGCGAACAGCAGUCAUUCUCGGCUUUCUAAGAGAAACUCCACAGACAGUAGACCUGUUAGUGUAACCUACAGAUUUGGCUCAGUGGGCCAGGACACUCAGCUCUGUCUGUGGGACCUUACAGAGGACAUUCUUUUCCCUCACCUUCCUUUGUCACGCACAAGGACUCACACGAAUGUUAUGAGUGCUACAGGUCCUCCAGCCACUGGACAAACUACUGCUACUACUACUACUUCUACGACAACUACUGUAUCCACCACUACUACUAAUCCCAGUGGCUCCAAUGGUAAAGAUAAUGUGAGCAAUAGCAGCUCCAGUGGUAACCCAGCUAACUCCCUCCCCAGCACCCUGCCCCGGUCCAAUAGCUUGCCACACUCUACUACUACCACCACCACCACCACCAAGGGCAACAGUAUAAUGGACAGUGCUUUCAUUGCCACUGGAGUCAGCAAGUUUGCAACUUUGUCGUUGCACGAUUCGCGCAAGGAGCGCCACGAGAAGGACCACAAACGAAACCACAGCAUGGGCCACAUCAGCAGCAAGAGCAGUGACAAGCUCAACCAGCUUAGCUCAACACGGACGGCAAAAGCUGAUGCAGCUAAGACUCUGGGCACUACCCUGUGCCCGCGCAUGGAUGAAGUGCCACUGCUCGAGCCGCUGGUGUGCAAGAAGAUUGCUCAUGAGAGACUCACUGUGUUAAUCUUCCUUGAGGACUGUCUGGUAACAGCCUGUCAGGAGGGUUUCGUUUGCACUUGGGCUAGGCCUGGGAAAGUGGUGAGUGACAGGCCUCCCGAGGAUACUGUCAUGUGACACCUCUUAACUCACAUUGCUUCUAGUACAGGAAUUUUUCUUGCUGCAUUCAGAAGCUGCUAAUGCCACCGCGUAUCGCUUCCGGUUACUUCAUGUCAAAUUUGCACUAAGUUCUCAGUAUUUUUAUUGUUAAAGUAGUACAGCACAUCCUCUUCCGACAGUAAACCUCAUGACCUCACUGUUCUGCCGCUUCUGUUACAGUCAAAUUACACUGUUGUUUGUUAUCAUUGUGUUAUCUGUCUCUCCACAGGGAUUGCUAUCAACUCAAAACAACCCAGCCAACUCCCCCAGUGGAACAGUAGUAUAGCCCCAGUGCUGGUGCUGCUAAUGACAGCUCCAUGCAUCAGAGACGGGGAUGACCAUGGCCAAGGCCCUGCAGCGCUUCUUCAUACACUGUCACACACCACAUGAACUCCAGUGUCACCUUCAUUCUCAUCACUACAGCCACCCUAAUGCUCUCUUUUGUGUACCUGUUUCAAUAUCCAAUGUUGGCCAAGCCAGGGUUAGAAACCUGACCCGUCCCCCCCGUCCCCCCCGCCCGUCCCCUUUUGUGGGGUGAUAAGGGUGCUACGGGAAGUUGCAGGGCAAGCGUGAAAUUAUCCAGGAGGUUUAUGAAAGUGGUUUACUGGUCCACCGUCACAUUCACGGUCAUAUCAAGUCGGUUGUUUAAAAAUAACAAAGUCUCAUACACAACCCUUUGUGUUUGUAGUUCUUCAAAGAUUAGAGAUGAUGUAUGUGUUGUGAUGCUUUAACCUCCCCCCCUGUAUAUUCACAGAUAAAGGGAUUAAGACAGGAGAUAUUCAGCAUAUCCUCAGCUCCAUGUCCCCUUUCAUUUUUUUUACCUUCUGGGUGAUCUCUUGCACUGCCACAUUCCUCAAAACUCCUGCUCAAGAGAGAAUGGAACUUUUUUGCUUCCUUUACUAGUAUUUCAGUCAGAGGUGUCACACUUUAAACUGUAUUUUGCACAGAUAUUCUUUUGUUCUGUUUCUCUUGUUUUCCCUAUAUUGAAUUCAUGACAGUGAAACACGAGUGAAAUCAUUUGAAGACAGUUUUGGAAGCACUUGGGGGGAAAUGGUGUGUUAUUGCCUCCUGUCUCUACGCUGGAUGCUGCAGUUAUAGUUUUUUACAUGGAGAAAAAUUUGUUUGCACUUAAUAGUUUGUUAGAGGAGAAUGGCUUUACAUUUUUGGAGUAUGUAUGGACUCCCUGAAAGGUUGAAAUAUAGAGUUAAAAGAAAACCUUUGUAUCUAUUAAACAUUUAUUUUAAUAUUGUUUCAGAUUAAAUGGGCUCUGUAUUAUAUGUAAAUAUUGUACUUCAAUGAUUUAUGGGUGAAAUGAUUAUUACAUUAGUUGAAAGAUCCUCAUUUCAGAAAAUAGUGAUAUUUCUAAUACAGAAAAUCUAUACCUAAUAUUAAAAUGAAUCUUGAAUAUGCAGGUGAAAAUGUUUUCUGUUGUACAUAAAGAGAAUUCAGGUGUAUUUUUAUUAAUGAAAAGUUUGGUAUAAGAGAUCUAUGAAAUCCUCUUAUCUCACAGGUAGUUUUGAAUGCUAGCUAGCCUGUUGCUGCAGAUUCCUUGUACAACAUAGGCAGGUAGGUGCAGACGUAGCGUUCUGAUUUAGCCAUCACUCCGAGCUCAGGUAAACCACAGAAAGACUAACGCUGGCAUAGAUCCCCCACCCCCGCCUCGCCCGUUAGCAUUGGUCCCAUCCAUCAACACGAGUGUGAAUUCACUUAUAAAAAAUACGACUGACAACCACGUUCUGCAGACAGGGCUGAAACCUGCGACUCCUGUUGCGAGUAAUAAUUACUGAACUGAUGCUGAACUUGUGAACAAACUUUUGACACUGUGUUGAAUACCAUCUGACUGAUGUCAGCAAUUGAUGGUGGUGUGAGUGUUUCAAGUGAGGGUGGAUGUCUCAAGCACCCACCGAGGAAGAUUGAGGAUUUUAAAAUAGUAGGAGUCUUUUUCUCCAUGUGACGCUUAUUAAAACGGCUUUGACAGAC